CCGCCGAGUCAAGUGUAGGGAAAUCGAGAAACAUGUACAAGUUCUCGUCAGUCAGUCAGUGAAUGGGUGAGUCAGUGAGUCAAUCCGUCAGUCAGUCAGUCUGCUGAGAUUUCUGUUCACGGCAAAUGUCAGUUUCUGGAUCUGCGAAUUUGUGGUGACCCACCGAUUUCCGGGUGAAACCAGCCGGGGACGGCAAAUCCCUUGAUUUCAGGCCCAAAGCUCGAUCCCCGAGUGGGUGGGCUGACAAAUACACUAGUGCAGUGGGUGGUGAAUGGGUGUCCUGAACGAGUCCCAAGAAGAAAACGUGGUGGGACAACUCAAGUGCAUCAUCAUCCAUCGAUCAUUGGAGAAUUGCAAUUAGAAAUCCUAAAAUCGUAGCCGAGAGUUCGUCAGUCUGGCUAACGAGUGCGUGUGGGUGUGUGGGUGUGAUCACGGAGACGUGGAAUAAGUCAUCGAAACCCAAUUCAUUCAAGUGCUGUUGUGUGAGAGUGCUCAAGUGUGCUCGUGGGUGCAGGCCCAAGCCAUCCGAAGUCCGAGCUUUGCGGUGGGCCAAGCCAGGAUUAGUUUGGUGUCAAUUGAGAAGUAUCCGAGUUUUCGAUUGAUUCCCGGCAGGAAACACGACCCGGGGGUCCGUGGGCCGCUCAAUUGCGUCACACCCAGCAGCAUCUUCUAAACGUCACCAUUGAGAAACUAUUCGGGAAAAUGCUGAACCCGGCGGCCGCCGUGGCCGCCGCUGCAGCCGCUCGACAUUCGGUCCCUCCUGGUCCUGGACCCGGUGGUCCCGGUCAACCGGGGUUCAAACUCAACAUCGUAGAGUCCAUUGAGAGGAUAAAAGAAGAAUUCAAUUUCCUCCAAGCCCAGUAUCACAACCUCAAGCUGGAUUGUGAGAAACUAGUCCAAGAGAAAACCGAGAUGCAGAGGCAUUACGUCAUGUACUAUGAAAUGUCGUACGGACUUAAUGUGGAAAUGCAUAAACAGAUGGAAAUUGCGAAGAGGCUCAACGCGAUCAUUGCUCAACUUUUGCCAUUCUUAUCGCAAGAGCAUCAACAACAAGUUGUCACAGCCGUUGAACGAGCGAAACAAGUGUCCAUGUCGGAACUGAACACAAUUAUUGGCCAACAUCAAAGGCCGGAUUUGAGUCGUUUGAUGCAAUUACAAGCGGCUGGUGCUGGACUCCCCACUUCAAUAGCUGGUCUACCACCAGGGCUUCUGGGCGGGGCUAGUAGUGUGGCUGCUGCUGCAGCUGCCGCUGCCGCGGCCAGUGGCCAACAUGGUCUCAUGCCUCCGGGAUUGCCCGUGUCAUCAGGAGCGUCAUUAGUGUCCUCUGGUCAUUACCCUCCCACCUCAUCAGCAGCGGCUGCGGCGGCCGCCGCAGCCGCUCUCCGAGAACAGAGGCGCGAAGAAGAGCAUAACCUCAAAGCCCACAGUAUGGCCGUGGCCGAAGAGAGACAUAGACGGUCAUUGAGUCCCUCGCGACAUGUUUCCAAUGAUCGAGGCAAAAGCCCCGGAUCCGCCUCCCAAGCCAGCACUGAGGGUGGACACGCCUCAUCGGCAGCUCAUCGACGCCCUUCGUCGCCUUCAUCGGGUAGUAAUGGACCCACAGAUUCGAAAAAGAUGAAAAAGGAGGAGACCAAUGGUGGCGGCGGUGGCGGGUCUUCCCCAUUACAAAACGGCCUAAAUCGAACCUCACCCAAGGAAAAUGGAGACUCCAAUCACGCAAAGAAGGAGCCUAUUAGUCCAAGGAGUGGACGAUCUUCGGCCUCAUCAACACCAGCACUCGGUCACAGCAAGAAGUCGGAGGACGGAAACAAGCCCCCCACUCCCAAACCCAGCACGCCCAACGGAGCUGGGGCGGCGGGAAACGGUCCCAUGAAGCCAGGCAUGCCAGGGGCUCCUUUUAACCUUCCUGGCUUUCCAGGUGGACCUCCGCUGGGCCCCGGAGUGCCUCCAUUCAAUGCGGAGAAUGGCUACAGACCUCCUUUUGAUCCCCAUACUGCUAUGAGGCCCCAAAUGGGUCUACCUCCCGCUGGCAAACCGGCGUACUCCUUCCAUGUCAACGCUGACAGUGAGCGUCGGCCUGUCCCAUUUCCCGCAGAUGCUCUCAUGGGACCUGGAAUCCCUCGACUUGCUCGACAAAUCAACACUUUACCACAUGGGGACGUGGUCUGCGCAGUGACCAUGAGUAAUCCCACCAAAUAUGUUUACACGGGCGGAAAGGGCUGUGUCAAAGUUUGGGACAUCAGUCAUCCGGGAAGCAAGAAUCCCGUGUCCCAGCUGGAAUGUCUCCAGAAAGAUAAUUACAUCCGAUCGAUCAAGUUGUUACCCGAUGGGCGGACACUCGUCGUGGGUGGAGAGGCUAGUACCCUGUCGAUUUGGGAUUUGGCUUCUCCCACCCCCCGCAUCAAGUCGGAGCUGACCUCCAGUGCACCCGCGUGUUAUGCCUUGGCCAUCAGCCCCGACUCGAAAGUGUGUUUCAGUUGUUGUAGUGAUGGUAACAUAGGCGUGUGGGAUCUGCAUAACCAGACCCUGGUGCGGCAGUUCCAAGGCCAUACGGACGGGGCUAGUUGCAUCGACAUUUCCGCCGAUGGCACAAAGUUAUGGACAGGUGGACUGGAUAACACGGUCCGAGCCUGGGAUCUCCGUGAAGGCCGACAACUCCAGCAGCACGACUUCUCGUCACAGAUCUUCUGCUUAGGCUAUUGUCCCACGGGUGAUUGGCUGGCUGUGGGCAUGGAGAGCUCGAACGUGGAAGUGUUGCAUUGCUCGCAACCCGAUAAAUACCAACUUCAUCUGCAUGAGAGCUGUGUGCUGUCGCUGAAGUUUGCCAACUGCGGCAAGUGGUUCGUUUCCACGGGGAAAGAUAACCUCCUCAAUGCCUGGCGCACUCCCUACGGAGCCUCCAUCUUUCAGUCCAAUGAAUCCUCAUCUGUGUUAAGUGUAGACAUUUCUUCCGACGACAAAUAUAUCGUGACUGGCUCGGGCGACAAGAAGGCCACCGUCUACGAGAUCAUGUAUUGAGGAUAACGAAGAUGAGGAAAGAAACACUAAUGAUAAUAUGAAUGCUGAUGAAGAAGAUCUGCGCUUGAGACGUCAGCUUUAGUCGACCUGUUUUCUACGAACACUGGUGCAAUACCAUAAAGGUCAAGAUGACGUGGAUUUUCAUGAACCAAUCCGGCCUAGUACGGGCUCUUGGCAGAUUCUGUGGCUCGAUUGUGUUGUCUGUAAAUGACAUAUUUAUGUCUAUUGUCAGAACAAACUUGAGUUUCUCCCGACCACAAUUACCACAACCCCUCUCCACGCUAGAUUGAGAGCUGAGGAGAGUAAACAAGAGCGCUAAAAGUGUCAACAUGAAUGAGACCCAAACAUAAUAGAGGAAGAAGAAGAAGAAGGAGAUGAUAAUGAUUAUGAUGAUGAUGAUGAUGACGACGACGACGACGAUUGAGUUCUCCCGACUUCGAUUUGUAAGCAUAACUCGCUUACUCAUACAUGUACACUUUACAGUCGUCAUUCAUGUCAUUGUGGUGGCCAAGUGCACAUAUACAAGCUCUCCCUCACUCACCCACUGCGAAUAGAGCCCACAUGCUCCUCAUCACAACACCAGAUAGAGCUGUGUAACCGACAUUUUGUGUCAUUUGCGGUGACAUUGUCAUGAUAAUUGCACUUCUCCGCAUCGUGUUUAUUAGCCUCAAUCCCAUCGUUGUUCAAGAUCACCUUUGAUUGUUGUAGUUCAGUGCCAACCGCAAUGGGGUAACCGCCAUGCCUAGAAAGAUUUGAUGAUUUCACACAGGAUUUCUCAACAAAAAUUCACGUGUCGCUCGCUGACAGAAUGUGUGUUGGGCUGGAAGCAUUUGGAAGAUGUGAGUUCCCAAUAACAGCCGCAAUGAGCACCGCCGCCUCAUUCUAGACGAUUGAACGAAUGUGCACCAUAGAAGCAAAGCAAAAAGUGUUUGUCAGCUAGCCAUCAUGUCGACUGUUUUAACCAUUAUUUGCAGUACAGUCGCUACUUGUAGUAUGGCGACUACCAAGACCCCAUCAACCAGAAUUGCUUGCAGCAUCAAGAAGCUGAAGGCAUUAAUCCAGAGCCUUGGAGGAAAAAAUGUUAUGCGGCAUAAUUAUUGAUAAAGAGACAAUUGAUAUUUCUUAGAAAUCAACGCUGAGACUGUGGCUUUUGUGCGCCAGUGGAUCUAGAAAACAAAUGUGCGUGUGUGAGUUCAAAAAAGUGUAUUUAUUGUAAAUAUAUAUUUGGUGGCAAAGGCCAAUCUUCGCCUACCCGCCCUCCCCCUCCUCCAUUGUCAUCCCUUUUCUUUCCCCUUGCUCUUGUGUUACCAACAUUAGACCUAAAUGAUACUACUACUCACUAGAGCGAAUGUAAACACGAUGUAUGAUGUAUGAAUUGAGGAUGGCUCAAUGAUGCCUCACCACGAAGACGACAAAGACGAAGAUGGCGAAGAUGAAGAUAAUACAGAUAAUGAUAGUAACAAUACAGUUGAUCAAACCGCUAUCACAAUUUAUGAACCUUACCACAAUGUUUCGUUUCGAUAUUCUACUAAAGCAUCAUCAAUGUUGAAUAAAUGUUCUUCAAUGCUA